UUUUUAAAAAUGGCGAAUCGGUGCAACUUUACGAUUCACUUGUUUGGAAGGUCUCUUCAUUGGCUAAGUUAUACGAUACGAAACUCAAACGCCGUCCCUGGAUGCUGCAGCUCAUUUCAAAGUGUACCGUUGCGACGUUUUGGUGGUGAUUCAAGCAAUAAUAGAGCAGAACAAAGUCGGGAAAGAACAUCACGUGGACUGCCUAAGAAGUUUCCAGUUGCAGGUGUGAGGCAUGUUGUCCUGGUGGCAUCUGGGAAAGGUGGUGUUGGGAAAUCCACCACUGCAGUCAACUUGGCUUUGGCCCUUUCUUUGCAUGAAAAGAAGCCAACUGUGGGGCUUCUUGAUGCAGAUGUGUAUGGACCCUCCAUUCCACGCAUGAUGAACCUGAGUGGUGAACCAGAAUUGACACAACAAAACCUCAUGAAGCCACUCGUUAAUUAUGGGAUUAAGUGCAUGUCCAUGGGGUUUUUGGUCGACGACAAGGUGCCUAUUGUGUGGCGAGGACUUAUGGUCAUGUCUGCAAUUGAGAAACUGCUUAGGCAGGUAGCAUGGGGACCACUAGACUAUCUUGUUGUUGAUAUGCCACCAGGAACAGGAGACACGCAGCUUUCCAUCUCCCAGAACAUUCCAGUGUCAGGGGUGGUCGUAGUGACAACACCUCAGGAAAUUGCACUUAUCGAUGCACGCAAGGGCGCUGAGAUGUUUCGCAAGGUCAGCGUGCCUAUUCUUGGGCUGGUGCAGAAUAUGAGUCGGCUUGCCUGCCCAAGCUGUGGCCAUGAGUCUCACAUAUUUGGCAAAGAUGGUGCCACCGAGCUUGCCAGGGAGAUGGCGCUUGAUAUUUUGGGUGAUGUUCCUCUUGACAUAGAGAUAAGGGAGAGUUCUGACAAUGGUCAGCCAAUUGUGGUGUCUAAUGGAAACUCUCCUCAGGCUCAAGUCUACAAGGACAUGGCCCAAAAAAUUAUCCAAAAGUUACCAGUUUGAGCACACUUAUGACUAGUCAGUGCAUUGAGCAUACUAUUACCACUGGGCCAAUAAGUACAAAUGUACAAUGCUUGUACAGGGCACUUAGAACUUAUAGCAUAUUUU